UUCUUUACUCACACAAUUGAGAGAAACCCACUUAUAUUUUACAAAAAAAUGAGAGCUCCAGCCUUGUCAUUUUGCUCUAAUGCACUCCCAGGCUCAGCUAUGCAGUGUGAAAAGCAAUCUUGUAGUGCCACUGCCAUGUUUCCAACAGCCCAAUGGUGUUGCCGUGGCGCCAAUAAUGAUAAUUACCGCCACAAGAAAAUUAGUUUCCGAAGCUACUGCAACAAAAGCGACGCCGGUUGUGGUUGCGGUUGCGGCGGCGGAAGUGACGGUGGAGGUGGACUGAGCAGCAUUGUAACAAGAGAAGUGUUUGAAGAGAUGCUCCCGUAUAGAAACGAUCCUCGUUGCCCUGCCGCUGGGUUCUAUACCUAUGAAGCUUUAAUUGCAGCUGCAAAGGCUUACCCUGCUUUUGCUGCGACCGGCGAUGAUGCUACUCGCAAGAGGGAAGUUGCUGCUUUCUUCGGCCAAACAUCGCAUGAAACUGCUGCUGGGCGAGGGAGGAACCCACCAGGAGGUCCAUUUGUAUGGGGAUACUGCUAUAAUAAAGAAGUAAAGCCACUUUCAGAAUAUUGCGAUGGGACAAACCCACAAUUCCCAUGUGUUCCUGGUCAAAAAUACUAUGGUCGAGGCCCCAUACAACUUACUUGGAACUACAACUAUGGUCAAUUUGGAGCAGCCAUUGGGAAGGAAAAGGAGUUGUUAGAGAACCCAGAUCUGUUAUUAACCGAUGCCUCAUUGGCCUUCCAGUCUGCAUUAUGGUUUUGGAUGACUCCACAAAGGUCAAUGCCUUCUUGCCACGAUGUGAUCGUCGGAGCAUGGAUGCCUUCAGCUAGGGACAAGGCGGCAGGUCGGUUUCCAGGGUAUGGAGUGAUUACGAAUAUCAUCAAUGGAGGUCAAUGCGGUCGGGGUCGGAAUGCGGCGGGUGAGGACCGCAUUGGGUUCUAUAAGAGGUAUUGUGACAUGUUUGGAGUUGAUUGCGGCGACUAUCUUGAUUGCUACAAUCAGAAGGAUUUUAGAAAGGAUUUUUUAUAUUAAAUGAUGUGUUAUUUUCUGAUUUACGGAAUACGUAUAAAAAAUUUAAUAUAUAAAGAUAAAUAUCCUUAA